AUGGCAACCCCCAGCAGCGUUGCCUUCUUUGUUCAGGCGUGCGUGAGCCUGGCAGAGGUCUGGUUUAUCGGGCGUCUGGGCACGACGUCCCUGGCCGCUAUUGCCCUUGUAUUCCCCUUUCUCAUGCUGACCCAAACGCUGGCUGGUGGCGCCACAGGCGGAGCAGUGGCUUCUGCUAUUGCCAGAGCAGCGGGCUCAGGUGACACCGAAAGAGCAGAAAAACUCAUCUGGCAUGCCCUGGCAAUUGCCGUCAUGGGCGCCCUGCUGCUGUUGUUGCUGUUUCUUCUAUUGGGCGACUGGUUUCUACGCUUCCUUGGCGGUCAAGGCGACAUGCUUAAGCAAGCGGGCACCUACAGCAUCAUCCUGUUCAGCGGUGGAGUGUCGAUCUGGCUGCUUGGGGUUGUCAGCGCCGUCUUCCGAGGUAUGGGUAAUAUGACGCUACCCGCCGCGAUGAUGAUCAUCAGUGCAUUUAUCCAGGUGCCGCUUUCCGGCGUACUGGUGCUCGGUGGAUUUGGCCUGCCGCAACUUGGUGUUGCGGGAGCAGCUGUUUCAGCGGUUGUUGCAGGUACCCUUGUCAGCCUGAUUAUGCUUGUUGCACUGGCCCGCGGAUCCUCACCGAUCAAGCUGCGCAUCAGCACCUGCAGCUUCAGCAGAACUCUGUUCGAGGAUAUUUUCCGCGUCGCCCUGCCGGCUUCUUUAUCCCCUAUUCUGACCGUGGCGACCAUCAUCAGCUUGACCGCCAUUGUUGGUCGCUUUGGCGAAAAUGCCCUCGCCGGCUACGGCAUCGGAUCACGCCUCGAGUUUCUGAUGAUUCCGCUGAUCUUUGGUCUUGGCGCGGCAAUGACGUCACUUGUUGGUAUGAGUGUGGGUGCACGUAAUUUUGCCCGUGCAGAGCGCAUUGGCUGGGUUGGUAGUGCUGCGGCUGCGGUUCUUGCCGGCAUUGUCGGUCUGAGCCUUGCGCUUGUACCUGGUUUGUGGAUACCGCUGUUCACUGAAGAUCCGGAAAUCUAUGCGGCUGCAAAAGCCUACAUUCAGAUUGUGGGUCCAGCGUAUGCCUUUUUUGGACUGGGCUUAUCUCUGUAUUUCGCCUCUCAGGGGGCAGGCGCCAUGCUCUGGCCCGUGCUGGCGCUGUUGGUGCGAUUCGGCAUCGCCGUCGGGGGCGCUUUGUUACUGAUCUCUUUAACCAGCCUGGACCUCAAUGGCGUCUAUUAUGCAGCAAGCGCUGGCAUGGUGGUUUAUGGCAUCAUCAUAGCUGCUGCAUUAAAGCUGGGCGCCUGGCGCCAAUAG